AUGGCAAAUACUUUGCUUCGUACCUUGGGGUUUACUGGUAUUGCUGCCGCUACGGUGGCUCAUUGCGUCUUUCUACGCCAGGAGUCAGUUCGGCGGCGAAGACUUUUUGCCUCUGGCCCACCUUUGUCCUGGCGACCGCCUACCCGAGAUGUAACUCUGGCUCGAGCUGCUGCCCAUAAGUACGAUAUUCUGGUUAUUGGUGGUGGCUCAGCUGGGGCCGGCUGUCUUCUUGACGCGGCAACGCGUGGGUACUCGGCACUUUUACUGGAGCGCACAGACUUUGCCGCUGGUACUUCGUCCAAAAGCACUAAGCUGAUUCAUGGAGGCAUUCGCUACUUAGAAAAGGCCUUUCGAGACUUGGAUGUGCGGCAGCUUUCACUAGUACUAGAAGGACUUAGAGAAAGAAAGACUUUCUUGGGGCUGGCGCCUUACCUCACCCGAGAAGUGCCGAUCCUUCUACCAGUGACUUCACGAUUAAUGCUCCCUUAUUUCUGGCUAGGAACUAAGGCUUAUGAUUGGCUAUCUGGUAUUUACGGCAUUAGUCGCUCUUACUGGGUGCCAGCGGAUAAAGCGGCCUAUAUGCUGCCGGCCCUGAAUGUCAAGAACCUUGCCGGCGCAAUGGUAUACUUUGACGGACAAAUGAACGAUGCUAGAGUCAAUGCCAUGCUGGUCACCACGGCAGCGUAUUAUGGGGCGGAUGCUUUGAAUUAUGCCGAGGUCGUUUCAUUAACUAAGGAGAAAGGAAGAACAACCGGCGCAGUCUUUAAAGAUAUCGAAACGGGCAAGACAGUGAAAGUUCGGGCUCGUGUAGUCAUUAAUGCUACUGGACCCUGGUGUGAUUCUAUUCGUGAAAUGGAUAGUUCUCGGGCCCUGCCUAUUAUGGCGCCAUCCUCUGGAACCCAUCUGGUGCUUGAUGCGGCUUAUGCAGGUUCUGCCGGUCUACUAAACCCGCGCACGCCCAAUGGAUCGGUCUUGUUCUUGCUGCCUUGGCUAGGCAGGGCUUUAGUCGGCACUACAGAUCGCCCUGUUAGCACCCCUGAAGCCCCGCCCGUGGCUGCAGAUGUGGCUUAUUUAGUGAAGGAAAUGGGCGCUUAUCUUGACCCUCGAGUUAAGCCACGAGCAGCCAAUAUUUUGAGUAUCUGGACCGGCGUGCGGCCGUUAGCCCGAGACCCAGCAGCCGGCCAGAGCAAAGAUAUUGUUAGAUCGCACUUAGUCCAUGCAGCAGAUUCCGGACUAGUCACCUUGGCCGGUGGAAAGUGGACUAGCUUCCGAGAAAUGGCAGAAGAAGCCGUUGAUUUGGCCGCAAUUGUAGCUGGCUUACCGCCCAAGCCAUGUGUUACUCGUGAUGUCCGGCUAAUUGGCACGCACCGUCUAGGCACUCCAGGCAACCGCGAUCCCAUUCAGACUUCGGUCGGUCCAGUUGAUGCAACCAUGAUCGGACUCUUUAGCGCACGUAUAGCUCGGGCCUUUGGCCUACCAGCGGAUAUUUCUAAGCACCUAGUGCGAGCAUACGGCGACCGGGCUUGGAAAGUUUGUCUUAUUGCCGGCGGCAAUCUUAAGCGCAUCGAGUCGGGCCAUCCUUACCUUCUAGCCGAGGUAGAGUACGCCAUUAACCACGAGUACGCUCGUACCAUUGCUGAUUUCCUUGGCCGCCGAUCGAUGUUUGCCUACUCUGAUGUUCGUGCCGCUGCUAAAGCUGUUAAUACGGUCGCUCACGAGUUUAAACGCGUCCUCGGCUGGAGUAAAGCCCGAAUGGCAGAAGAAAAGGCCGCCGCAAUGAAGUACCUUAACACCAUGGGCCUGGAACUUCUCCGCCAAAUGGAAGCCGCCGAGUGCGAGAUGACCAAGUUUGAGCAAGGUCUAAAAAGGAUCGCCAAAGGCCACAAAAUAUGCAGCACCCAAAAAGCCGCCAACCUAGCCAAACAACUCUUUGGAGAGUCUGAAAGAGAUGCCGUCUUAGCAAUUGCCCGCGGAAGAACAGAGAUCGCAACUACCGAGCUCCUCAAAACCAUUCGUCUCCAAAGAGAUGUACUUGAAUAA